CCAACCCCGGUCUGCUCAACACCGUCUCGGAAGAUUACUCGAAUAAGCAAUUGACGGGAUCAUCUCCGCCGACCUGGUGCUUUGACCCCUACCUUAGCAUCUUCGGCGGGGAUACCAUGGCGGCGAACUGGCUGCCGCCGGUCUCCCUCACAGCCUCCGGCCGCCCAGUCUUUCUCCCCGGCGAGGUCGAGCGCUGCCUCCUCCCCGCCGUCGACCUUGAGAGCGAGAACCCCGGCCUCGCUCCCUUCCGUUCCGGCCUUCUCGUCCUUACCUCCCACCGUCUCCUCUGGAUCGACGAACAAUCCGCGGCCGGCUUUGCCGCCCCCCUCGCCGCCGUCGUCCACGCCUAUCCCCCCAAGAAGUCCAUCCGCAGCAUGUUCGCCAGCCCUAGGAUCCGCGUCCAGGUGUCGGUGUCGCCCGAUGGGAGGAUCGUCGAGGACGGCGUGCGGUCGGAGGUGAUCACGGUGGUGAUGAGGGGGAAGAACGAUCCCGACGCGUUCUAUUGCCGGCUAUUGGAGGUGCUGCGAUCGAGGCAGUGGGAGGCUGCGGUGGUGGCAGAAAAGAGGAAUACUGACUCGGGAAUAGCAGAGCCUCCGAUGGCGGCUGCGGCGAGGGUGAGGAUGCCGGUGGUUGGGGUAUCGGGAAUUCUAAGGAAAGAGCAAGAAUUGUGGGAGAGCACGGAUAAGAGCUUGCAGGAGGCGUUCCAGGACCUUAACGCUCUCAUGAGUAAAGCUAAGGAUAUGGUACAACUAGCUGAAAAAAUGAGGCUGAAGUUAUUAUCAAGUUCAAGUGCUUCGAGCAAUGCUGAUGAUGAAGAGAUGGGUUCUAAGCAAGAGAUGCAAGAUUGGCUCUUAAGCGUUGGUAUUGUAUCACCAGUUACAAAAGAAUCGGCUGGCGCUUUAUAUCAUCAACAACUUUCUCGAGAGCUUGCAGAUUUUGUUAAAUUGCCACUUGAAAGAGCUGGAGGAAUGAUUGCAUUGGUAGAUGUAUAUUGUCUGUUUAAUCGUGCUAGAGGAACCGCAUUGAUUUCACCGGAUGAUCUUCUUCAAGCUUGCACCCUAUGGGAGAAAUUUGAUGUCAGCCCUGUGAUGCUUAGAAAGUUCGACAGUGGUGUCAUGGUUAUUCAAAGUAAGGCUCGAAGGGAUGAGGAGGUCUUUGCGAGAAUUGCCUCCCUUGCACAAAAACCAGAUGCACUUAGAACAGGAAUAAGCCCCAGCGAUGCUGCACUGACAUUAGGAAUUGCCCCUGCUCUUGCCAAGGAGCACCUACUGACUGCUGAAAGCAAAGGUCUUCUGUGCAGAGAUGUCAGCCCUGAUGGUUUCCGCUUUUUUAUUAAUUUGUUCACAGAAAUUGAUCCAAGUGAUAUUUAUAUGAUUAAGAACAAUGGACCUGCUCAUGUUUGGUCCUCUGCUCUAUCGUUGUCUGGGUAGACUGGAGGCUGCUUAUUUGUCAGAUGAGGCAUUGAUCCGGCAAGGACAGGACACUGAUGGGCCGAUGGGUUCUAGCUUGGAGGAUUCUAUGUUGGAGUAGGAUCAAGUGAUAUACACAAUUAAGUUGUCCACGGGCGAGGUGGAAUCAAUAUCCCAGGCAAAAUAAAUUGGUAAAACAGCUGCUCAUUAUUUGCUCCUUCACGUAGAAUGGUCCCUGCUAGGUAUGUGCAAUUGAGGGUUUAAUCGAUCCAUUUACUGUGUGCAUGUAUUGUUAUCAAGUUUUAGUUGCAUUUAGAGAGAAGACAGCUUUCUUGAGGAAUGAGCAUCGACAUCUAAAUUGACUCCAUAUAAAUUUAAUCAAUCU